UAAAAUAAUAAAAGUUAAUGAAAAAGAUACACCUCCUAUACCAUUUUCACAAAUAAAGAAACAAAGUAUAGAGACUAAAAACUGUUGCCACCAGAUGUUGCAACUUGGUGUAACCAUGUCCCAUAUCUUCUCUUUAUGACACUUUAUGUUGUAUGUGGUACUAAUCUAGCUUUUUGUCCGACCUUAUCCAGCUCGGCUAUGUCCAAACAGGUGGUCCAGGUCCAGCCGGAGAGCAGGGUUCAGGAUGCAGGUCAGUGGAGCACUGGCCUGUGUGAGUGCUAUAAAGAUGUGGGAGACUGCUGCUUUGCUCUGUGCUGCCUCCCAGUGUUCACCUGUAAGGUGACCCAUGAUGUGGGUGCAUGUCCCUGCCUGCCUCUGCUGGACUGUAUAGGCUGUGUUCCUCCGGCCUCUCUCGCCAUGAGGGCAUCUGUAAGAGAACGAUACGGCAUAAAGGGGAGUGUGUGGAGCGACUGCUUGUACGGAUGCUGCUGCUAUCCGCUUUCUUGGCUCCAGAUCUCCAGAGAGCUGAAGAGAAGGGCAGCAUCCCACGCCGCCUCCUCUUCCUCAGCCAGAUACACUGCUCUGACCUCCCUGCAGGGGGCGCACUUGGUCUAG